AUGCAACCUGUGGUUUUGCAACCCCUAUCAGAUACUGGAUACAGAUACACUGAGUACAAAACAUCCUUGGUUCUUGGUCUUCUAGGUGGAGGCCAGCCAAACAGUUCUGCUAUUAAUUCAGACAAGGCUGUAAAGACAGAGCUUGCCGUCGUUGCUGAACUGCCUGACUUGAUAGACACUGGCUAUUCAAAUGACAACACAACCAAUAUUACAGAUGAACUAAGUAUAGGGAAUUUGACGUCAUCUGCUCCUCUGGUUGAUGACUUAUUUGGAGAUGUAAGUGGCUCUAUUGGAACUAGUCAUGAACUGAAAAAUGAUGACGACCCAUUUGCGGAUGUAUCAUUUCACACAGGUGAGCGAAAAGAACAGGCAGAUGAUUUAUUUUCAGGGAUGACAGUUGGCGAAGAUAAACAGGGUGACCAUGAGAGUCACAAGCAGGGGAGUCAAAGUGAUCCUCAACUUUUUGACAUUUUUGGUUCCAGUUCCAGGCAAGGAAAUCAUAACGAGUCUGUUAAUGAUUUAAUGGGUGGUUUGUCAAUAAAUGAAAAUACCUCAACUAUGAAGCAUAAGGGAACAUCUUCUGCAGUGCCAUCUGAAUCUUUAUUUUCAGGUUUAAACAACCAUACCCCCGACAAUACUCUAGGCGGUAUGUUGGGCUCUCAGCCAGUUGGGUUCAAUGUAAAUCCAAUGUUUCCCACUGGGCAUCUUCCUUAUAAUAUGCAGCCUGGUGUUAUGUUGAACCAACCAUAUCCUUCUCAACCUCUUAAUUAUGGUGCCAUGGGGUCUCUCUUGGCUCAGCAGCAAUUACUGGCAACAAUGGCCAAUUUCCAACACCUUAAUAAUGUCAAUAUGCGAGAUGAUGGCAUUGCUCAAAUGGUUGGACCUAAUGGAACUACCCCUUUACCAGACAUAUUUCAACCCAAUUUUGCAUCUCAAACUUCCAACUCAAUGAUCAAUAAUUCAAAGAAAGAAGAUAAUACUAAAGCAUUUGAUUUUAUCUCGGACCAUCUUGCCUCUGCCCGAGAUUCAAGAAGAGUGAUUUGA